AUGACGGCAACUCCUAACGAUGGCUCGCAGCCUGGAUUAGCACCUUCGGGGCGAAAGAUAAUAUAUGAUGAGAAUGGAAAGCCAUGUCGAUCGUGCAAUACUCUGUUAGACUUUCAGCUACUUACUGGAAAAGUAACUACUCCAAAGGUGCAAAAGGUAGCAGACACCACGUCUAAGCCGGAUACAUAUGCCCAAGUCGAUCCACCGGAUGUCGAAUUACUGGGCCGAUCGAGCUGGACAUUGUUGCACUCAAUAGCCGCUAAAUACCCAAAAAAGCCAAAUGAAAAGCAGAAGAGCGAAAUGAGCCAGUUCAUGACCAUUUUCUCACAUGUAUAUCCUUGCUGGUGGUGCGCGAAAGAUUUCGAACUGUUCAUUCGUGCCAAUGCACCGAAAGUCAAUUCGCGCGACGAAUUGGGUAAGUGGGUAUGCGAGGCUCACAACGAUGUUAAUCGUAAGCUUGGAAAGCCGAUUUUUGACUGCAAUCUGUGGGAAAACCGUUGGAUUAAUGGAUGGGACUAA